AUGGAAAAAAUUUGUACUUCUUUCAUAGAACGUUCACGCUUAGAAGAACAGCUAAAGGAAACUGAAACCAAGGCGGCACUUGCUGAACAGGAGCUAAAAGCAAGUUUGUUGCUUCAAUUACCAGAAUUUGACGAGCUGUUUCAGCUGAAAAAGAGUAUUCUGAAACUCGCAUGGAGAGAAUUGCAGCAAAUUUUCGCUCAAAACCAGGAAGCAGAAUAUCAUUUGGAAGCCCAGAUGGUUAAGUGUCAGAGACAAAGAGAGUCGGAGGAGAAUCGUUUGAAUGGAGGGUUUCUACAGUUGCAGAAUCCUAUCUUCACCGAACUAGGCAUUCGAGAGACAAGAGACUUCGACAUACCAGAAGUUGACAUCGAAGCUCUAAGAGCAAAACAACCAGUCAUUCAAAAAACUUUUUAA